GCGUACAGAGCUAGCAACGACAUAAGGCAGCGAAAUCACGCGAGAUCUCGAAGCGACAUAUCAUAACAUGGGAGAAGGUGUCCAUCCUCGUUUUACUUUCUGUCCAUUGCACGUGGCUUACAUAUCUACUCGGAGCCGGGUCGGUCUGUAUAUCUGUAGUGAGCCGAUAUACAUACACCUUUCGAUGUCUCACGUUUCUUUUUCUAUAUUUCAUUAAUCAUGUCUUCUAGUUGCACGGAUUAUCGUCAUGUACAGUUGUACCACAUCAUCAUUCUGUUGAUUAUGCCUCUUCUAUCAUUGGCCGAUAGAUUCAGCGAUGAUAUUUCUUCUAAUAUUGACCCUAAAAUUGGGACUCUCUCGUUCUUCUCAAAACCUCGUCGCAAUAAUUUCAUCAACGUCACCAAAGAAUAUCUAGAUGAGAUUAUGAAUAUUUUUGGAACUAAUGGAACAAUGAAUUCACGCCAAUUCGCACAUAUGAUCGAAGAAUUUAAGACACACUCACAUCGUAACUUACAUUCUGCGAAGAGUCAUUCUAAUGGAGAUGAGUCUGUUACACAUAAUGUUAAAACAACUAAUUAUCAACUAUAUAAUGCCAGUGAAACGACACUCGAAAAUCCACAAUUCAUUAAGUGCAUGAAUUCCAGCAGUCUCCUCUUUCUGUACAACUUCUCCAUUGACUGUAAUAUUACACGAGAUGACCUAUUGCUUCUAUCACCUGCCAUUCUGCACCAAUUAUACACCUGUAAAACUGUUCCUGUAGGUAACCAAAAGUACAACAAAUCUGCUGAAGCAUGGGGAUUUGGUUUCUUGUUUGUGACACUUAUCAACCUGUGCGCUCUUUGUGGUGUGGUCGUGCUGCCAGUCAUGAAUACACGUGUCUAUAAAAAAGUCUUGCUCUUCCUUGUUGCUUUGGCUGUGGGAAGUCUUGCAGGAAGUGGACUUCUUGUCCUAAUUCCAGAGGCCUUUGAACUUGUUGGUACACAAGAGGACCGACAUGGUUAUUUAUGGAUGAGCACGACAAUUAUGGGAGGGGUAUAUUUAUUUUUCCUUAUUGAAAGAUUCCUAAAGUCAGCAUUUGAAUGGAAGAAGAACAACAAUGAUGAUGAUGAAGCAGAAUAUAGCAUGAUAAUGGAUAAAAACAAAAACCGCCAAAUUAGUUGUGUGGAAGAAAAUCCCAAUAUAUCAGAUAUUGUUUGUUCUGUGAAAUCCAAGACUCCUGUAGACAAUGACACUGCAAAGCUGAAAGAUCCUUCAAAUUAUCAUGCGUCUGCUAGUCAAUGCACAUCAAGCUUGGGUCGAACUAACAGCAGUGAAUUUUUAGAUAUACAAGUUAAAACUGAAACAAAUUGUAAUGAUAACAGUCGUGGAGAUUAUAAUGACUGCAUCAUUAAAACAAAUAAAAAGAAACCAAUCAAAACUGUUGCUUGGAUGAUUAUAUUUGGUGAUGCUUUACAUAAUUUUAUUGAUGGCUUGUCCAUUGGAGCUGCUUUCAGUUCUUCCGUAAUGACUGGCAUCAGUGUUUCUCUUGCUGUUAUUUGUGAAGAACUACCUCAUGAAUUAGGAGAUUUUGCUAUCCUUUUAAAUUCUGGCAUGACAUUAAAAAGAGCUCUGCUCUUUAAUUUCUUGUCUGCUUGUAUGUGUUAUGUUGGUCUUAUAUUUGGUAUUGUAUUGGCUGAAGUUACUGCAGCUCAUACUUGGAUAUUUGGAGUAGCUGGUGGCAUGUUUCUCUAUAUCUCACUUGUAGACAUGAUGCCAGAAAUGAAUCAAGUUGUAGAAGCCAAAGAAAACCAGGAUGUUGGUAAAAUGCAGCUGUUCAUACUGCAAAAUAUUGGUAUGAUCAUUGGUUUCAGCGUGAUCUUAUUAAUUUCAUAUUAUGCAGAGGAUAUUAACAUUAUCACUUGAUAAUGAAUGCAGUCAACACUUUUUGAGCCUUAAUUUCUGUCCAUCAUGUUAUUUGAAUUGUUUUGUUUUAAUAUAAUUUAAUCUAUUUCCAAAUAGAUGAGAUUGAGAGAGAGAUAGAGAGAGAGAGAGAGAAAGAGUGCACAUUCCCAUUAGUUAUAUAUUUUACAUGUAAGUCAAUUUUUAUCAAUGUUAUAGUUUCUAGAUUUUUAUUAUUUGUUUUUCGUUGAAGCAUGUAUAUAUAUAUAUAUAUAUAUAUAUAUA